AUGCAUGAUCUCGUUCGAGAUAUGUGUUUGAGAGAAGCCCAAUAUGAGAAUUUUAUACACUUCGAAACAAGGUAUAACCAUGAUGAUCUUCUAGAAAACAUUAAUUGUCUACGCCGUGUAGUUGAUUUCAAUAAGUAUAGAUACAGUUUUGAUAUUCCUAAACUUAUGCCACUCACACGUUCUCUUUUCUUGAAAUAUCCAUACUCUGUUUGUUCCCUCUCACAGUCAAGCUUUAGAUUACUUAGGAUAUUAGAUGUUUGCUUUACAUCUCGUUUGUACCGUAGUAUGUCCAUAACAGAACUUGUUCAUUUGAGGUAUCUUGCUUGUCCAUCCUUCAAUGGUCUUGUGCAAUCACUAUGCAAGCUACGGAAUAUACAGAACUUAGUUAUUCAGGAUUUACGUUCAUCUGGUUUACGUAGGAGAACCCAGUUCCUACCAUGGGAAGUUGUGAAUAUGCCUAAACUAAGACAUAUCCAUACAAAAAAGUUUAGUCUUUUCAUACCCCCUACAUCACUAAUUGCUGAGAGGGAGAAUCAUUUACAAACGUUAACCGGAUUGAUGCCCUCAUCUUGUAAUGAAGAGGUGUUUCUAAGAAUUCCAAAUUUGAAGAAGUUGGGAAUUUUAAUUGUUGAUGAUUCAGACACUAUUCAGAAGUGUUAUUGCCUUGAUAAUCUUGUACAUUUAACUCAGCUUGAGAAGCUCAAAGUUGAGGUCAGAGAGAGUUGGCUAAUUUUUAGGCCGACUAUCAAAGGUUGGGUGGACAUUCCACAUUGUGACAAUUUCCCACCAAACCUUAAGAAGUUAACAUUGUGCACAACACACCUAGAAUGGGAAGACAUGAACAUUCUUAGUAAGUUACCUAACCUUGAGGUGCUCAAACUUAAAGAUCAUGCCUUUCGCGGACAUAUUUGGAAACUAAGCGAUGAAGACGCAGAUGGAUUCUUGAAGCUAAAGUUUUUACUUCUUGAGCACAUGCAUCUGGAGCAAUGGGAAGCAACAAGUUAUCAUUUCCCAAGCCUUGAGCACUUAGUCCUAACACAUUGCCAUUCGUUGGAGCAAAUUCCUUUCGACUUUGCGGAGAUUCAGACACUACAGCUGAUUGAACUACACAAUUGUAUGCGUUCUGUUCUUGUUUCAGCAGAGCAAAUACAAGAGGAGCAACAAAGCUUUGGAAAUGAUGACCUCAUUAUUCGUGUGAACUCUAUCUAUACUAGAGUAAACAUUAAUAAAAAAGAGUUAUGGAGAGCAACACUUGUGAGGUUCUUGAUUGCAAGAGUAACUUCUUUUCCCCCAUAG